AUGGUUUCCACGCUGGAGCCUCCAACGACCUCCUCCGUCUCCCGUCGCGACCCCUCGUCGAUUGUCUCUCGCCAAUCUCAAUCACACUCGCGAUCGAAGCGCUAUAAUCGCUCUCAUACCGGUGGUAGCACCAACACCACUCAUGCUCUUCAAAAUGACUUUCCUGUCUUUGGCACCGGCGAUGUCGAGAUCAUAAUCCGCGCGCGCGACUCACCCUCCGAUGCCGCUCCUGUCCAGAACCGUUACCUGCUUCAUCGCCACACUCUUACGCGCUCCAGCGGCUUCUUUGAAACCAGCACAUCGAACCAGUGGUCCCGCAAUCGUGCACUACCAGCCGGUAAUGAGCUCUCCCGCAUCGGUGAGGAUGGCGAAAUCGAUCCCGUUACCGGAAGCGACGUCAGUUCCAGGUCGCAACGAGGAAGUGUGCACCCUCCGAGGAAGAGAUGGCGAUACGAAUUAGAUCCACGAUCUGGACCGAAUGAUAUCCCAAUGCUGGUCCAGCGAGACGAAUCGUUGCGAGAUAAUACACAGUCUUUGUUCGGUCCCUCUUCAGCUCCACCUACCGUCAGCUCCAGAGACUCGCGAUCUUCAAGCCGCUCCGGCCGCUCGCACUCGCGAUCAGUGUCCAAUUCAUCCACCUCUAGCGGUUUCUUCCGCUCUGUUGCCAAUCUCAGUCUCUCCUCCAACCACCCACCACCUGCAGCGGAGCUGUCGCAGGCCGACGAGGACCUUUUGCGCGACUACGACAACCUCUUUCGCAUCUUUUACAACUACCCACCCGCUCUCGAUGGUGUCAAUGUCGCAGAUGCCUAUGUCCAAUGCAAGAGCUUGCUCAACCUCGCCGACCAAUACGACGCCCUUGCAGUGGUGGGACCUCGAGUUGAUCACCACAUGCUGCAGUUCCAGUCACGGCUGUGGAAGCAAAUCGCCAAAUACCCAAUUUCGUAUCUGCGCCUCGGGUAUCUAGCUCGCAGCCGGGUAAUCUUCCAGGAAGCCUUGAUUCAUGUCGUUGGGCAAUGGCCGGCCGGUGAGCGCAGUCUGCGUGCAGCCCUGCCCGACAUUGUCUUGGAUAUCAUUGAGGACAAGGUGGAGGAGCUGGAAGAAACCGUCGGUCGCAUCGAAGGACGCCUCUUCCGCCUUGGGCUCACCAACAGCCGUGGUGAACGUGUCGGCCCAAGCGACAAUUACCUCGACUGGCUAUCCAUAAGCUUGUUCCGCCAAUGGCUGGCCGACAACACCUCUCCGCAGCCGCCUCCAGAUCAGCGACGCAGGAUAACCUCCCGUGAUGGGGGCCGCAGCGUCGCCGCCUUACCCCCCGCCUCCCCGCCGUUGAAUUCUGUCGGACGUGCAUAUCGUCAAAUCGGCUCCAACAAUCCCGCCUCAUUCCUCGGCCACGACGACUGCAAGCGCUUCCUCAAGCUUACCCCGGAGCUCUACAGCCGGGAGAACCUUCGGAGGUUCGAGAAGCGUCUCGACGAGCUAAAGGCAAUGGCCCGAGAAAUUGUACGACCCCUCAUGGGUAGCAACCUUGAGCUCGACAUGGGCGACACUUCACGCACACCAGACAGCAUCACCUACCUCACCUGCACCACUGUUGGGAACCGAGACUUGCCCUGGGUAAUGGAUGACCAGAAUACGGUUGGACUCAUUGCCAACUGA